UUGAAUGACAAAAGUCUUUUCAAUACAAAAAUGGCCGCCGUGCAACAAAAUUUAUCAAAAAUGCUUUCGGCACAACUACGCAAUAAGGCUACGGAGUUUUUAAAUUCAAGAAAACAUGCUAAUAAUCUUGCUGAUAUUCUACAGAUGUUUGAGGCUGAAACAGACAAUUAUACGUCCCUGCUGCUUACCGUUGAAGUUAUAUUUACAGAAUUAUUAAAAAGGGGUGAUUUGAUUGAGGAAAUAAUACCGCUGAAGCCAAUUGAUCACAGCCCUGAAGCUGAAUACACAAGAUGGCUGCAAGAAUGUUACGAGACGGCACUGGCUCGCACUCUGGAGUGCAUCAAACGGGGCCGCACCAGCUCCCGGCUUCAAGCGCUCGUCACAGCUUGCAAGCUGCUGCAAAUGGAGGGCAAGAACCCCCUGGAAAGCUCUGCAGCCUAUUACUUCCCCUCUAAUAGAUUGAAGAAUAUAUUCACAGUGUUGCUAGACUCUGACAUAUCAAUGUCAGCUCCAAUAACCCGCUUCCAAGAGUUUACAGAGUACAGGGACGUACAGCAAUAUGGAUUGAAGGUUCUCUCCACUUUGGCUUAUCGCAAAUCACCAAAUGCUACAUUCAUGCAGAACUACUUGGAGCUAUUGGACAAACUGCUUGCAUUGGAGAUACCGUUGGAAGCCAAGAUCAAAGUCAGGGAACGGGAAGAGGAGAAAGAAGAGAAACUUUUAUGCGGAACUGAGAACAAGCCACCAUUCCCAUGGAACGCGGGGGUGUGUCGUCGCUACGCCAACCGCUGCUGGAGCUUCGCCUGCCAAUGGCCGCUCAUGGAGUCCCCCCGCACUCACCGCCGGGCGCUGCUGCUGCUGGUGGAGAGGCUGCAGCCGCUGCUGGCCAAGCCUCACCUCGCCACCGACAUGCUGUGCGACAGCUUGGACGCUGGUGGUCCAAUAAGCAUGUUAGCUCUGCAAGGGGUACUGGAGCUGGUCCGACGGCACAACAUCGACUACCCGGACAUGUACGACCGUCUGUACGCUAUGUUCGAGCCGGAGAUGUUCGCCACCAGAUACAAGCGGAGGCUGCUGCAUCUCGCUGACGUGUUCCUCAGUUCCACCCACCUGCCAGAAAGUCUGGUGGCGGCGUUCGCCAAGAGGUUGUCGCGGCUGGCGCUGGUCGCGUCCCCGGAGGACGCGGCCGCGCUGCUGCAGCUGGUGGCCAACCUGCUGCUGCGACAUCCGGGGCUCAAGCGCAUGAUCUGUCUGGAGGACUCGCCCGCUAUCAUGUCAAACGACCCGUACGUGAUGGAGGAGACGCGCGCGUCGUGCUCGCGCGCGCUGGGCUCGUCGCUGUGGGAGGUGAGUGCGCUGCGCGCGCACCACAGCGCGGGCCCGGCGCGCGCCGCCGCCGCGCUGCUGCAGCGCGCGCAGCCCGCGCAGCCCGUCUCACUCGCGCACGCCGACGACAAGCUGUUCGACGCUGAGCUAAAGAAAAGGUUCAAGACAAUAGAAAUGAACUUCAUCCGGCCACAGGGGAUGGGGGAGGACGGAAUGAUGUCAUACUGGGAGCUCAUGGCUUGAAGGUCACCGGGAGUUCGUAAACUGAAUGUUGGCAACACUGCUACGCGGUAGUGCAGUGCGUUUCUGUAAACAGCAGGGUGCGAGGUAAUGUACAAAUUUUUAAAUAUAAUUUAUUUUAAAAUAUCCGUCUUACCAGCCAGUUGUACCGAGUUCCUUUUUUUUUUUUUUUGUAUCGUUGGCAACCUGUUGUUUAGAGAAACGAUUGAGUGACAUUUGAAUGUUCGAAUCUAUUGUAUUUAUUUACAUGUAAAUGUUUUUGAACUUCUAUUGAAAUCUUUAAUGCGGGAGUUUUGUUUGAGUAUUAUGUAAAGUAUUUAUUUCUCUCUAAAUUGACGUUUUGGCAUUUCGAUUAAUAAUACUAUUUAUUGUUUUGAGUAUUUCACAUUUUGAUGUUUAGAGUAAAGGAGUGGGACCGUAAAAGUUUUUAUAAUUAUACACAACAAUCUCGGAUAUCAUACUUUGGUCUAAGAUUAAAUACCAUUGAAUCUGCUUUAAAGCUAGUUCAGUCUGAAUGUACGAAUAAAUUCUCACUUAAGCAUUGCUUGAUCGACCGUUUUUGAUCGAGUAAUUCUAUUUUAUGGACUCUGCUGUAGAUAAAAUUGACAAUUAUGACCGGCAUUCGGUGACAAUUUUUUGCUUGGACUAUGUGUGCAUUAUGUUUUAGCUUUUCAAAAUUACACAGACUUGUGUUACACAUAUAAUAGGGCCCGACCGACACUAUUGCUCCGUCGUCCUGCGUUGCGUCGACGCAAUGCUUUGCCGCUCCAUUGUUUUCCAUACAUUUGACAUUGACGUACCUCGACGCCGUUAAUGUGGUCGAGCCCACAGGGUAUGAUUUUAUGAGCGGAGAAUAAAUAAACUAAAACACCUCUUGAAGAUUUUUAGGUUCUCCCGAGUCAUGCUUUUAGUUAAACUGCAACAGUUUACUUUCAAAACUACCCUAAUCAUACUAAGUGCUGCCGAGAAUUUGACAAAUAUGUAUAAAAAUAAGAUUUUGAUUAAAUUUUGCACUAUAAUAAUGUUACGAUGUGUGUAGCUAAAUCGAUGUUAUAGUUUGGUUAUUUUAUUUUUCUAUGAGUGAGGUAUAAAGUCUGUGAUCACAAGGCCGCCUGCACACGUGAGCCUCGCGUGUGACAGCAGCCUAAGUCGUUGUCCUAAUAACUAGGGAAUAUCAUACGAUUACAAUGAAUUAUAAAUGUCUAUCGUUGUAGAUAAUGAAAAAUAUUGAAUGAAGAAUGAAAUGUAGAAUUAUGAACGUACAGACUGACAAGACAAGGAUGUCCAGUCCGGUGAUCAAAAUGGAAACCUUUCAAAAAUCAUUUUAAAAUAUAUUUAUCGUCUUUUCCGUCAUCGGACCAGAGAGUCUUGCCAAAUCUGGACACUGGAACGUCAAAUAAGCGCUGACGUCACGAAAAAGAAAUUUGUAUCACGUCAAACGUCAUAUAUAUUUUUUUACAAAAAUUAUGUAAGUACACUUAUUAAUGCCAUACAACAUGUUGCAAAAUGUUAUAUAACAUUUGUUGUCUCUUUUCUUUAACAAUCUGUUACAAGUGUGACAAAGACAGCAAGUGUUAUACACACGCCGUGUGCUAUUUUAAACACGUUAUGUAUUAUUAGGACAACGCCUAAAACUUCGAAUGUUGGUUCGCGCUGAAGGAUUUACUUAUAUCAUCAUCAUCUCAGCCGAAACCAAAAGGGACGUCUUAAUGCUACUUCUCUAGAAGUUGUGUGACUAUACGCGGGGCGGAAGGCAGACGAGUGGGGUACGCGGCUCCGCCCCUACAUCUAGUCUGGUCGUUUCUAGUGAAUGGUAAUUUCCGAAAUACAACUAUCGACAAGUAGCACAUAUACAGAUAAACAGAAAAUAAAAUAAGCUCAACCCACGCCACGCCCCUUUGCACUUCUCAUUGUAACUGUGCACAAUUUGUUACAGCAAUCCAUUCUCUAUUAUCAUCAAGUGUUUAUGAUCGUUGUUCUUGUCUGUGGAGCCGCCUCUAUUUAUAUAUAUCCACUGCCAUCGAUUUUACCUCCAUAUACGACAUAACUCCUGCCUUCUCUCCUUCAACUGACCCUUGAAUACCAUUCUCAAUAUUUAACAAGUUACAAACGAUAGAUGGCUUUUUAUGGCUGAGAUGAUGAUUCCCUUAUAUAGCGUCCCGUUAUACGCGAAGGGACAUUGUCUUCCUUUCUAACGUUUGCAUUGUAACCUUUUUUGUUUCAUUCCAGUUAAUGCGCUAUUUAACCCCUCUUAUUGUGGUAUUAAGUAACCAAGGAGCUUAUAACGAUAAUAUUAUAUAACGGCUAUUUUACGGCAAGUCCAAUGAGAUUGUUUGUUCUUGUUUCUAAUGGUUAAAAAAUAGAAUUUUGUUUAUGGAACUUGUUUGGCGAUGAUGUAGCGACUUCACUAUUACUGUAGUUGUCGAAAGAGCAUUUCGGAUACCGGCAUAUUUUACGAAACGUUUUCUACUUAUUUACCUAAAUCUGUUCUGUUUCUGCCGUCAGCUGAUUACACCGCUUUGAAAAUGAAAUUAAAGCUACAAGCCGAAAGAACUGUCAGAAACGAAAACGUAAUUCAAAAUAGCGUUUCCAAUGUACUAAUCAAAACACAUACAAAUAAAACUGAUCAAUUAAAGUUUACAUAAUAAUUAUCAUAUUUAGUGAUUGUAAAUUUCAUUUUCUAUCGUAAAAUAGCCUGUCUAAAUGAAAUUAUCAAGGCUUUCGUUUGUUUGUAGUGCAAUCUCCACAGGUAUAAGCUCCGUGGUAAUAAUGUAAGUAUAAUUUUCAAACCCCAGUACCCGGGUUGUAAGACAGCAACAGCCAUAUUUAUUUAACUUUAUUGUUGAUAGUUGAACCUCGCAGCUGAGGGUGCGGCUUUAACACACCGUACGAGAUAGUAUACCUGGAGAGAAUUGAUGAAAUAAUGAACCUUAUAACCUUUGUUUUAAGGAUGAAAAUUACAUCUAUUAUUAUGAAGUAAAUUCUAAAUUAUUUUAAAUAUCAAGUUCAUUAUUUCGUGUUUUUCUCUUCUGGUUGGAGCUGUAAUAUUUAUACUUUUGCUGUACAUUUUUUAAUUUUGUACUGUAAGUUUUCUGAUCCGAAUUUUAUUAUGUGCCUAUUGUGAUAAUGCCGAAGACCUUUUAUUUAUAAUCCACUAUGUUAUGUGUGAGUUAUAAAUGACCAAGUACUUUUGAUAAAAGUUAAAUGUAUAAAAAAUAUUAAUCGGCACACUUGCUCGUAAAAUUACAGCACUAGUUUCAUCAUGUUGUGUGUCAUAAACACACUUGUCGACUUUGGGUUAAAAAAACGUACAUUUUUUACAAACGUACAUUUUGUACAACGCGGGUUUGCAUUUCACUUCUCACCAUCGAAUCUAUUCGAAGUGAGACGCAGCGAACAAAUCACAUUGCGGUACGGUUGUCGUUGCGUCACAACGGCGCACUGUGAUUGGUUAGCUGCGUCUCACUGCGAGCCGACACGAUAGUGAGAUGUAAAUAGCAAAGUCGCACUACGCACACUGAUCAUUAAAUGCUCGGCUUUAUUAUAGCGCUUCGCUUCACGUCCCGCGAUAAUUUAGAAAAUUUUGAGCAAAUUUCAUAAUAAACUUGGUAUGUGUUAUUAUUCUAUAACUCACAUAUAACUUACCUAUCCUGUAGCUUUUUGUUAGUUAGAUCUGGUGAGAUAUUAGAAUCUCCGAAUCGAAGCCGCGCCCACCGUAUCUUGUGAUUAUUGGUAACAAACGUAGCGUAAGUUAGGCUAAGCCAUUAUUUUUAAUAUCAUUCAUUUAAUGUUCUAUUAUAUUGAUAAAUAAAAAUAUUGAUACACUA